AUGAUGAAGAUGGCGCUCAUGAGGCGCCGGCAAGACGAGGCCGCGCCGGGCAGCGCCACCGCGCACGUGGCGGACUCCGUCGGGUGCACGGCCGUCUGCGUCUUGAUGUCACAGGCCGAAGUGAUUUGUGCCAACGCCGGCGACUCGCGCGCCAUCAUGUGCCGCGCGGGGAAGCCGGUGGAGCUGUCUCACGACCACAAGCCGAACGAUGAGACAGAGAGGAGACGAAUCGAGGCAGCGGGUGGCAGAGUGGAAGCGAUCCGGGUGGGCCCUCGGGUACACCACCGGGUCAACGGCAACCUGAACCUAUCGCGGGCCAUCGGAGACAUGGAGUACAAGAAGCGGCCCGAGCUCGGGCCCGAAAGGCAAAUGAUCUGUUCUACACCGGAUUUAAUAGCUGUGCCCCUAACGCAG